AUGGGAGGUAUUUUAAAGAAUCCAUUAAGCAAAGAUGAGGUCAGUCACAAAGAUGGCAAUGAGAAUGUCAGUGAGUUCAGAAAACAAGUGUAUAAAAAUACGCAAUUAAAUGCAAAACUCACCUCUGGACAAGGUAUCACAACUAUGAAUAAGCAGUUUGAUGGCGAUAACAUAGAAGAUUACCCGAGUGAUAUGGAUGAGAAGGAUAUAGCUAUAAAUUCUAAAGGUAACACAUUUAGACGUACACCACCAAGUGGUCCUCCGAAAGAUGUGCUACAAUUGAAGAAAGAAGAGGAAGAGAGAUUGCAAUGGAACAAGAGAAAUUUGGCAGAAAAUGAAGUUACAAAACAACAAUAUUCUGAUAUUCAUAUAGAUGAACCAAAGACCCCUUACCAAGGGGCUGUUGAUCCUCAAGGUGAAUAUUAUAGAGAUGAUGACGAGGAAGAUAAUGUUGAGGAUAAUAAUAAUGAUGAUCGUAGUAAUAGGGCAGCUGCUUUACCAAAUGUGUCUGAUUUGGACGAUUUUACACUUGGUGAACCAGAAUAUGACAUAAAGGAUACUACCGAUAAUAAUGACGUGGAAGUACAUAUGGCAGAUAAUGAUAACGAAGAGGAAGAUAUUGAAAGUGAAGAUGAAUUGGAUGAAGGCAAGGCAAAAGAAUUAAGACAUAAGAAGUUUGAAGAAAUGAGAAAGAAACAUUACGACCUAAGGGAGAUGUUCAAGAACAAAAAGAUGCAUGAGGAAGAAAACGAUGCCAAUGUUGAUGAUAACGAGCAAUAA